UCCGGUAUGAAUCUUCUCCUUCGUCUUACCUGCUGGUUGGAUGUGUGGUUGUUACGAGAAUCACGACUCGAACACGAAGGUAACACUGGAAUUUUGCCUCCUCUGAGGUCUCUAGCCAGCCUCUGUGAAUGGAUUGAUACACUGCUAGGCUUCCUGUCUCAUCAGGAUCAAGUCAUUGUACAAACUUAUCAAAACCCUGAUUAUUUGAAAUCGAAUAAAAUUCACUUUCCUGCUGACGAAGCAACAGAAGUGCCACCGAGAAAGGCUCCUCCUGUGACGUCAAUAAAUCUGCAAAGUUCAUCUGCCAUCCUAGUGGUUGAUUUACUUCUCAGUCUAUGUCAACACGAGCCAAGCCUUUUGCGCCAGGUCGUCGAGAGUGAAGCACUUGCUCACCUUCUAGAUGCCGCUAUUUGUGAUCCACCAACUAAUGGUAGUCUGGAUGGUUCCUCCAUUCCUUCCGCUAUUGAUGAGUAA